CAGUCAAUCAGCACAGCAUGCAGGGGAAGCGGGAAGUCAUGUGGCCAAGAUUAAUAGCUAAUAAGAUCCUCCGAAGGAGACUGGGUGGCAACAAUUUCGUAGCAGAUUUUCCGGACAAUACCGAGACUUUGCUGGAAAUUCCAAGCUCACAUCAUCAAUCUUCAUCCCCUAAGAGAGACUUUAGUACUCAGAAGUACAAAGUAUUCGUUAGCACAUGGAACGUCGGAGGCAUAGCACCAACCGAGGAUUUGAACAUGGAGGAUUUGCUCAACACCCAAAGCAACCCUUGUGACAUUUACGUUCUUGGUUUCCAGGAGGUCGUGGCUCUAAACGCUGGCAAUGUUCUAGGCUCUGAAAACAGUAGAGUUUCCAUGAAAUGGAAUUCUUUGAUCAGAACAGCUCUGAACAAGAAAGCAUCUCCCUCAGAUAAACGACAAGAUGCUAAUAAAAUAGAACUACAGAAAGUUUAUCCUGUGAAGGAUGACAGUUUAAUAGAAAGCAAUGCCCCACGAGAUUAUCGAUGCAUAAUAAGUAAGCAGAUGGUCGGAGUACUGGUAUCAGUCUGGGUUAGAAGUGACCUCCACAGAUACAUCCGGCAUCCAAGCGUCUCAUGCGUGGGUUGCGGUAUCAUGGGUUGCCUUGGAAAUAAGGGUUCAGUGUCCGUUAGAUUUUACUUGCAUGAAACGAGCUUCUGCUUUGUUUGUGGUCAUCUAGCUUCUGGAGAGAAAGAAGGCGAUGAGAAGCAUAGAAACUCAAACGCUGCAGAAAUAUUAUCACGGACAAGCUUUCCUCGCGGCCCUUCACUGGAUUUGCCAAGAAAAGUUCUAGAUCACGAUCGGGUAAUUUUGCUUGGCGAUUUGAAUUAUAGAAUCUCUCUAUCAGAGGCCACGACAAGAUCGUUAGUCGAGAAAGGAGAAUGGGAUGUCUUAUUAGAAAAUGAUCAGCUAAAGACUGAGCUCACGGAGGGUCAUGUAUUCGAUGGAUGGCUUGAAGGAGUUAUCAAAUUCAGACCCACAUACAAAUACUUUCCAAAUUCCGAUGUAUACUAUGGCUGUGUUCAAGGUAGAAAAGGCGAAAAGAGACGAACUCCUGCUUGGUGCGAUAGGAUUCUUUGGUUCGGCCAGGGGUUGAAGCAAAACCAGUACAGUAGAGGUGAAUCAAAGCUGUCUGAUCACAGGCCCGUCUGGGCAGUUUUCACCACAGAGGUCGACGUCUUAAGAACCUCCAAAGGAUUUGAUAGCUGCUACUGCUUGUCACACAGACUUUAGCGAAUACCAACCAAUUUUGAGGUGUACCCACGAGUUGGGUUUUUUGUUUAAUUAAUGGUAGAUCGAUCAAGUUUCCAGGUUUAACAAUAAGCAGCAUUUUUUAUCAUGCUGUGAGUCUUUGAGCUUAAUUAAUAUGAGAAACUUCCAAAGAUCAUUAUUGUAUUAGCUAGCUUGCUCUUAACUGUACAGUUAAUUAUCAUUUAUCUAUCUUCUUUUCUAUGCA